ACACGAGAUGGCGCAUGGCCUAGUGCCUAGCCAGAAUUAAGGGUAAGGAUACACGUCAGAUUCGGUGUUCCGUCGCGGAAGGUUAUCUUAUUAAAACAAAGUUCUGCGAUUUUGAUAAUCGAGCAGCUGUCGCAUAAUUCUCAAAAAUGACAACGAAUAUGGAGGAUUUGCAGAAAUUAGAAGAAGAGGCGAUAGCCCGUGGCACGAAGUAUGUUACGAAUCUUUUGCAACGACCGGGUCAACUAGAGAAAAUCGACAUGUACAAACGUAGAAUAAGCAGGAAGAAGGCGUCCGUUGAGACUAUGCUUAAAACCGCGAUGAAAAGUCAAUUGGAUGGGGUCAGGGUGGGCUUCGAGCAACUGAAGAGUUCUCUGCAAAGUAUCGCCACCAUCAAGGACGACCUGGAUAACAUCAGCCAACAGUUCAGUUCUGUUCUGAAGCUCAGUUCCAGGUUGCAAGCGGUACAGGAGGAAAAUAUGCGCCAUUCUCAGUACGUUAUCGCCAAGGAGAACUUGAAGCACAUAUUCACAGUCCCUGAAAGUGUCGAGAAGACAAAGCAGUGGAUAAACGAAGGUAAAUUAUUACACGCUCAUCAGAGUCUCAUGGAUCUUGAGAAUUCCAGGGACGACUUGCUCUAUGAGCUACACAAGCUACCUAAUCAGUCACCAGCAGACACAGUUAUGUUAAAGGCAUAUUUUGAGGAUGUGGAAAUGCUUUCUCAACUUAUGGAGAAACAAAUAAGGUUGGUAUUGAGCCGUACUCUGAACACGGUAAGGAAAGAACCUACUGUUAUUGUAACACCUCUGAGAAUUAUAGAGAGGGAAGAGAAAGCUGAUCAGUUCGCCAUUCAGAGACACAAGCAGAGUGGAUUUAUGCCACCUGGUAGGCCUAAGAAGUGGAAGGAUAUGGCUAUGAAGGUACUUGAGAAGUCAGUAGCCAACAGGAUUGAAGGCACUCACGUGGAGGAGAGGGCAGAUAACAAGAUGUGGCUUGUAAGAUACUUAGAACUCACAAGACUCUUGAUCCUCGAGGAUCUGAGAGUAGUGAAGACUCUAUGUGGCCCCUGUUUCCCACCCUGGUACAACAUAGUGAGGACUUUCGUUAAAAUGUACCACACCAGCCUGUCCCAGCAUUUGAAGGAUAUAAUCGCCGGUGGUCUGGAAGGGAACGAGUACGUUUCUCUGCUGGCGUGGAUCAUGAACACUUACACGGGACCGGAGUUGAUGCAGCAUCCCGAAUUGAACAUCGACACGUCCGAUGUCGGGCCGCUCCUCAGUCCCGAGAUGAUAAAGGAUCUUCAGGAGAAGUACCUGCGGAAUAUGUGUCAGAAUUACGAGGACUGGAUGAGGAAGACACUGGAGACGGAGAAGUGCGAUUGGAGGAGCGGCAUCCUGCCCGAGAGCAGCACCCAAGAGCUGUACUAUCAUACCGCGGCGCCGGUCAUCAUCUUCCAGAUGAUCGAUCAAAAUCUCCAGGUCGCGAGGACCAUCAGUCCCAACUUGACGGCGGAAGCGUUGGUACUCUGCAUCGAACAGGUGACCAAAUACGGAUCCAUGUACAGACAAGCGAUAUUGGAGUUCAAGAUCAAGCACUUCGAGGACAGGAGCCAGGUACCUUACUUCACUCACCAUAUGAUCACAAUAGUGAAUAACUGCGUGCAGUUCACCGAGCUGGCGCAGCAGAUGAAGCAGCUUUACUGGGUGCCGAAUACCAGCGACGACGCGACCGUGAAAUUCGAGAAUCUCUUAGCGAAUUAUCAGCAGUUGAGGAACGAGGCCGCCGCUAUCCUGCUGCAGGAGUCCUUCCUGGAUCUGGAGCUGCACUUCCAGGACUUGAUCACGCCCAAGUGGCUGUCGUCGCCCAUCCCGGUGGAGACCAUCUGCGUCACUCUGGAGGAUUACUUUCAGGAUUACAAUCAUUUAAGCCCCAAGAACUUCGAGUACGUGAUCACCGAGGCGCAGAACCUGAUCGCGAAGCGUUACAUAUCCGCGAUGCUGCAGAGGAGGAUAUCGUUGAAAACCUACGACGAGUGCCUGACGUGCACGUCGAAAAUCAUGACCGAGGCGGACAAGCUGAAGAACUUCUUCGACAGGAUCGCGCCGAAGGUGGGGAACUUCAAUUCACCGUUCGAGAUAAUAAAGCGGCUCGCCGAGGUGCUGCGCUGCGAAGACUCGGAAAUACUCUCUCUCGAUUUGCACUCGCUGAUCGAGAAGUAUCCCGACAUGACCGAAGACCAUCUGAUCAGGCUGCUCGGCCUGAGGGGCGACAUAUCGCGAGCGGAAGCCCGGGAGAAGGUUUCUUACAUUGUCGAAGCUCAACGAAACCGAAAGCCCGGUCAAUCGAUCGCAAACAGCAUAUUCAAGCAGAUAGUUAUUCAGGACAGCUUCCUAGGUUGGAAGCCUUGAGAUUGGAGGAAGAACUUUCACGAAGUAAAAAUCAGAAGUGCUAACGGCUUCUCCGUGUAAUUAUUAUUAUCGUUUCUCGUGAAAUGAAUGUGUGUACGAAGCAGAGUAUAGGGGCGAAACGAUGCAUUUGUACUGCCGUGAGAAAGUUUCUUCAUAUUUACUGUAAUUAUAUAUCGUACGGAUCUCACGAUUUGUAGGAAAGAUUUAUCGGAAGUUUAUUUAUUCACGCUCAACACGCGCGUUCAGUUGUGUAGGAAACAUCACGGAAUCGUAAAUUAUAUGUAUAUAGAUGUGGUAAUACUCCUCGCAACCGCGCCUGUAUGAAAUAUAUUAAAAUGAUAAUUGUUAAGAAAUGCUUAACUAUCUUGCCAGUAAUCCGCCGAAUAUUUCCUAGUCUUCGCGUCAAAUUUAAUAAACGAUGUAAUUACAUUGUUUAUUAAAUUAAAACGUAAAAAUAUCAUUAGGGAUACCAAGAGAAUCCACUUUUCAUUUUAAAAAAAAAAAAAACAUGCCAUUUCCCACUUUUCUUUCCACCAAAUCCAAAAUUUAACUUUUAAGAAAUCUGUCUGCAUUUUGGUA